AUGGAGCAGCCAGAGCUGGUGCCCGAGCCAUUCGAGCCGCCGCCGCCAGAGGUGUCGAAGUCGGCGGGGAUGGCGACUGGGGUUUCGAUCUCCUCGAGGAUGGGAGCAGCAAUGGUGAAGAAGGCGUCCAUUGUAGAGGAUGACGAUGCAGUUAUGGGAACGGGUGCGAGGCUGCAAAACAAUAAGAAUGCGAUGAGAUCUUGA